UUGCUCCGAAAACCGGAUGUACUCUAUGGUAGUGGAAGUACUUCCGGCUUAUUACUGAGACGGUUUCAGCUUCGACGCAGAGUCAUGUCGGAUUCGGAGGAGUAUUCGUCGGGGGAGGAUGAAGAUUACCUGCCCUCAGGUGAAGAAUACAGUGAAGAUGAUGUAAAUGAAUUGGUGGAGGAGGAGGAGUCCCAGAGUGAAAAGUGCAAGAAGAAUUCCAAGGGGAUCACAUGUCGGAAAAGGAACAAGGGAGGUGGCCUUUUCUUAGAGCCAGAUGGAGGUGGAGCCUCAAAAGACGAUGAGAGAGACAGUGAGGUUGCUGAGUCAGCAGAAAGUUACCCCCCCAUAACAGAAAGCGAGAAGAGGCAAAAAGAAGAUGCUCUGUGGGCCAGCUUCCUCAGUGAUGUGGGCCAGAAGCCUAAAACAACAACUGCAGGUCAGGCAUCCUGCUGCACGCAGAAAGACAAGCUAGCUGAAGAGAAGAACUCCUGCAAGCCUCAGGAGGCAGCGAAGGGAGCCGAGAAGGGCAAAGUUGCCAUCACCGAAGUGUUUGACUUUGCUGGUGAAGAGGUGAGGGUCACAAAGGAAGUAGAUGCUACGUCAAAAGAAGCCCAGUUCUUUCUGAAGCAGCAAGAACAGAAGACGGCGGGCUCAGCAUCUCCUACUGUUUCUGGAGUGAAGCGGCCAAGUGGCAUGAGCAGUCUUCUGGGGAAAAUGGGCACCAAAAAGCAGAAGCUGAGCACCCUGGAGAAAUCUAAGUUAGACUGGGAGACCUUCAAAGAAGAGGAGGGCAUCAGUGAGGAGUUGGCCAUUCAUAACCGAGGGAAAGAAGGGUACCUGGAGAGGAAGGCAUUUCUGGAGAGGGUUGACCACCGGCAAUUUGAGCAUGAGCGGGACAUCCGCCUAAGCAACAUGAAGCCCUGAGGUUGCUGCUGCAGAGCCCAGUCCAAAUGAUGCUUCUAAUCUGGCCAUCCUCAGGAGUCAGUAACUCAGUUAUGACCUAUAUGGAUUUUCUUUUUCACCACAAUGGUAAACAGGUGAACUGAGGUCACUGUGGCGGGUGAUUUGCCUGCCAAGGGGCUACCGUGUGCCGUAGACGCCAACAUGGUUCUGCUGGAUACUUGUCAGUAGCUGCGGUGGAUAUUUUCCAGGCCUUCAUGCUCCUGGUGGUUAGGAGGGAUGAAGCGGACUUUGUGUUGUGGAACAAGCCUGCUUAUGCCGGACACCUGGGCACUGAUUCCGUGGGGGCGUCACUCAGGGGAUCUCAAGGGCUGCAAGUUCACGUGCCCCCCCUCCCCCGCAGCUGGAGGGUUUUCUUCACAAGGACACUGCAGUUGUGCAUUGUGUCAGUCUCGGGCUGUGGUGAGCAAAGUGGCUCAUUGACCUGCUUUCUGAAGAGGCUUCCUCCUCUCUCUAGGGAGCCUCCACUCGGUUUUUUGUAAAGCCUGUCCCGAGGAUUUUUUUUUUUAAAAAAAACAAGUCCUCUGUCAUGCUCUGCAGGAACAUUGGGGAAAGAGCAGCGUGAAUGUGAGGAAAGUCACCAUCCCUUUGUUCCUUUGAAUAAAGUGUUCCCUCUGUA